AUGCAGAAAGAGGAAGACUUUAGUAUCUUGAGACGAUGUGGUUCCAAAAACCUCCAAAAACCUCCAACCUCCGCCAUGGCUCCACCGCUGACUGCGGGUAAGAACCGUGUGGUGCUAGAUAUCUCCUCCAUGGACUUGAGCGAUGCUACCUUUGAAGUACUGAAGAAGCGCCGGGAGGAGGAAGAGCUCAUCGGAAAGUGCGAAGAAUGCAAACAGAUUUUUGAAAACUUGACACAGCGCGAAAAGGAGUUGGCAGAGGAGUUGCAAAGAAAACGGGAGAAAAUGGAGGGGCUACUCCUCAGCUAUGAAAUGUCUGUGAAGGACAGAGACACUGCUCAAACUCUUGACAAGGCCAAGAAGGAGAGGAAAGAGGUGAUUGAAAAGGAGGCAGAGACAGAGAGGCUGAAGGAGGAGCAUGCUGAACUGAAGCAGAGGAAAGAGGAGUUACUGCACCAGGUGGAGAGACACUCUGUUUAUCAGGACUUCAUGGAGCGGGUGCUGAAAAUGACCAAGUUUGAAGAUGUGGAGGCGUUAACAGAUCAUUUGGAGAAUCUUCUACACAUCAGAGACCAGCUCUUUCAGAAGGAGAGUGAGGCGCAGGAGCAGGCAGACCAACUGAGAAAAGAACUGCUGACAUUGGAGGACCAGCAUCGCUUGCUGCUGCUGCAAAAGAACAACGAGCUGUCACAGCUCCAGACGGAGCUAGAGAGGACGCGCUCUGAAGCUGAAAUCUGGGAGAGGAAGUGGAACCAUGUCCAGGAAACCGCAGCAAAGAAAACACUCCUACUGGGACAGAUUAAGAUGGCAACCCUGAACCUCUACGAAUUGACAGGUGGGGAGGUAGGAGGAGAGGAAGGUGUGGAUAUGAACGACACAGAGAUACAGCUGGACAAGAUCAAGAUUUUCAUCCAGGACCACACUGACAUCUUGAAACUACAUCAAAGUCCCUCGCAGAAACAAAGCAAUGCAAAGAAAAGAGACAAGACCAAAAAGCGCAGUCCACACAGUAAAAAACGUUGAAACAUCAGUUUAA